CCCAUUUAGUGCGACCACUAGCCUUGCAGGUAGAAGGCAUGGACUAUUUGUGCCCCCUUUCAUCUAUAAAAUUGAGUGGGAUUCGAAGAUGGCCCAUCUUAAAAAGUCGUUGAAAAACAAAGGUUUUGCUGCGCCCUCUGCUGAUAGUCAAAGUUUAGAUGGGCCACCGCAGGAACCAUCGAAAACCCGAGUAAGAUCCUCGAACUGGACAGAAAAUAUGGACUCGGCAAUGUUGAACUUAAUGACUGAGGAGCAUGCUCUUGGUAAUUUUGUUAAUGGGAGCUUUACCCCAUUAGCAUGGACUCGAAUGGUUCACGAUUUCAAUGAGAGGACAAAAUUAUGCUUUAACAAAGUCAAUUUGCAAAAUCGGUUAAAAGUCUUGAAGCGUCAAUAUUUGAUGUAUCAAACUUUGGCAAACAAAAGUGGAUGGGGGUGGGACCACAUCCAAAACAUUCCCACUGCCGGUGACCCAGCUGAUUGGGAUGCUAUCAUAGCGGAAAAUCCAGCAUAUGCUAAAUGUAGGGACAAGCCUUUUCCUGCAUAUGACUCUAUUGAGUAUUUGUCGGGAAAAGCAACUGCAACCGGGAAGCAUGGGUUUACUUCCAACAUGGAUGAGGAUGUUCGUAGCACCUCUUCAUCAUCUCCGGUUGCGCUCAAUAUGGAGAAUCUAGCACAGAAUUUAGAUGAUGCUAAUGAUGCAAAUUCAACGUCUCCAACACAAACUCCAAUUAAAGUAAGUAGCCAAUAUACUGGUAGUGCCUCUGGCCACACUUCAUCAAUGAAGAGGGUUCGGGUCUCGCCACCAAUCCCUACACCAUCUUCAACCCGUAGACGUAAGGAUGACGGUCGAACGGAAGCAAUUUAUGAGCUUGUUGAAUUGGGAAAGAAAAGAACGGAGAUUGCUCAAACUUUAAUGCAACGUGAGUUACAUGCAAGACCCAAAAUUCACUCCAUAGAGGAGUGUAUGGAAAGGUUGAGCAAUGUCGCUAAGUUGUCUCCCGAUGGUUUACUUGCUGUUUGUGAAGCUUUAAAAGAUGAGCGCAAUAGGCCAAUUUUCAUGGCAAUGAAUGGCGAUCUGUUGUAUAUGUGGAUAGAUCGUCAAAUUGCCAUGCAUCAACUUUUCACUGGUCUCAGGCCUGUUGCGCCAUCUUUCCCAUCAACCGCACCCUUCUUUCCAACAACAGCCUCAUCAUUUGCUCCUGGACCAUCAUCCUUUCCGGCAGCAAGUGCAGGUUUCCCUCCUGGACCAUCUUUUUCAAGCCGUACAACCAUGUUUCCUCUAUCAGCUCCUUCCGAUCCUGCUGAUAUACCUUCCUUUCCUCCGGCAGGGAGUUCUUUCCCUCCAAAUUAA